GUAAACCUGCCAGCCUAGAAUGAUCAGUUUCCAACCCAAUACAGUAGAAGAAACUGAAUUUCGCACACAACAAAUAUCACUUAGCAAUGCCCGACACAUGCCUAUCCACCUCCGUGACGAGGCCUUCAGUAAGUCAUGUGUUUUUCAGUCUGAGUCUCAGAGAACCCCGGUCAUGACAGGUACUCACGAGGAUUUCUUUUCCUCGGUCCAUGUUGUGGCCACAGGUAAAGGGCACUACACAGUAUACCAGCCACAUUUAAGGUAUGCAGAGUCACAAACAAAUGGUCCCACUUGUCAGACCCAGCCCCUCAGGAACUCGGCUUCUACCAGUCAUAUCGACGCAGAUGAGGAAUCCUCAAAGUCAGAAACGGUGAGGAAUUUCAGGCACCAUAUCAGUAACUUGUCAAAAGGAAAAUCUUCAAAUAGGGUAAUGUCAAGUGGCCUAGAGGAAAGAACUUCUCUCAACGUCUCAAAGAAUGAGGUCAGUCAGCCAAGUGGAUUUAGGAGUCUGGUCGAUGUAAGAAGCAAGAAAAUAAAUGAGAGAAUGACAAAUGGAAAGAAUAAAGAUGGCUCUCUGUGUUGUUGUAAAUCCUAUCACAUUCACACAUUCUCCAAAUCAGAGUUUUGUCGGACCUCAGAUAACUGUGAUGUUGAAUUUGAUGCGUCUGUUUCUCAAACACAAUCUGAUCUCAUUGAAGGCAAUGAAAAGCAUUUGAUCAUUUGUAACACUUUCUGGAGGCCUUUUCUGGCAAUGCGUGAAUAUCAAGAUGGAGAUAAUAUUGUACCGUUUAUGUCCCUCUGGCUUGAUGAUGGGAAUCUAAAGGAAUUGCUUCGGGACGGAAUACAGAACACAGUUCUAAGAACAGCCAUAUCGGACCUGACACUGAUGGCAGUAUCAGUUAGCCCUCUACAGCUCCUAAAAUCUCUCAUUGACCUAUCACUUGUGCGUGUGGACAGCUUGUUAGAGGACGGUGCUGGGUUACUGCACCAUGCCUGUUUGUUCCGGAGGUCAGAGAUUAUCCAGUAUCUUGUCCGUGAGGGCGUGUCACCUUCUCUGAAAGACAAACAGGGUAAUACAGCAGACCUGUACUGUUUUUGUAAUGAAAUACGGCGGUCCUUACCUGUGAGGUACCAAACUCAGACUGGUGGAGGGCGAGGGAAUGGGGGAGGCGGAAAAGUCACAGGGGUGUGGGGGUCAUACAGCAGGACACACCUACUACAGCCAAGUAUACAGGACAAGGACGUCAUCUUUACAAUGGCAACCACUGCUGGAUCACUGAUGGAGCUACAAAAAAGAUUACAGAUGUUCGAAUUCAAUGUGAAUACAGAAUGCAACAGUCAUGGUGACUUCAUCAUACAUGUGGCUGUAAGGGGAGGUCUGUGCCAGCUACCACUUCUGAUGCUGCUGGUAAGAAUACAACAGGCAGAUGUAGAGCUUUGUAACUCUAAAGGCAUGACCCCUCUAAUGAUGGCUGCCCAAGCAGGAGAUCCAAUCUUGUGUGAGGUGCUGAUGUGUAUAUUUGGAGCCAGCCCUAACAAGUGUAAUGUUCAUAACGGGAAGACUGCUCUUCACUAUGCUGCUCAGUACAACCACGUAGACACCGUCAGUUGUUUGAUCCGACGUGGAGCUGACUUCAAUCAGGAGGACCACAGUGGGAUGCGUCCUGAUGACCCUGGAACGUGGAGAUAUGGGGAGGACUGUCUCAAUGUCAUUUCUGUACUCAGGGCCCAAAGAUGUGAAAAUCUGAGUCACCUGAACAUAGAGGGUAAACUUCGACCCCAUGAUCUCAAAGAAUCUGAUAUGAGUGUAGUCAACAUAGAUGGGUUGACUCUGCUAAUGUUGGCAGCACUACACAACAGAGUAGACAGCACGAAGGUCAUCCUGGACUUCAACGGCAGCAAAUCAAAAUCUUUCAUUGAUGCUCAGUUUUUUCAGAUGAAAGGUGGUGGUGAGGAAAGCCUCCGGACAGGAAUGACAGCCCUAGCUAUAGCAGCUCACCGGGGCCACACAGUCUGUGUCAGGAUGCUGCUCCAAAGGGGAGCUAACCCUGGGAUUGGUGAUGUGGACGGUUAUCUACCCUUGCACCAUGCUGUAUUACAGAAUCAUGAGGAAGUUCUGGAUGCAAUAUUGAUCCAAGAUCAUUUCCCGUACACGUAUAGUGGAUUAAACCAUGCCUGCACCAUCAGUAAGAAAACAUCUUUAGACAGGAAACUGCGAGAUGCUUGGAAGAUUCGACAAGAGAAAAUUGUCAUGACGGAGUUGAUGUCAUGUGCAAUGAGCGGGAAAGCUGAAGAACUUUAUCGACUCCUUGAAGAUGGAGACAACAUUAAUUCUCAGACUGGUGUUGGCAGCUAUCCUUUAUACCUUGCUGCAGAAAAUGGCCAUUUGGAUGUUGUCGAACUUUUGUGUGAGAGGGGAGCAGAUGUGAGAAAGCGCCAUGUUUCUUCAGGGUCCACAGCUCUUCACAUUGCAGCUGGAAUGGGUAAACUGGACGUUGUCCAAUAUCUCCUCAAGUUCACCACUGUGUCUAGUGAACAGACCCAUGGUUACCCUUGUCACUCUCAUCGUAAACUUGACAUUAAUGCGGUGAAUGCAGAUGGCAAAACUGCUCUACAGCUAGCUGCUGACAAAGGCUACAUGCGAAUUGUGAAGCUGCUGUUAUCACAGGGAGCGACAACGGCAGUGCUCGACUGUAACGGCGCCCUGUUCUCCCUACCCGAGUAUGCAUAUGGCGGAGUGUUUAACGAGAUUGAGUCUCAUCGACACAGACACACUAACGAGGUGAUGAAACUCAUUAGGGACAAGUCCAAAAAGAGGCUACAGCAGCUGCGUAAGAUAUGGAUGCCUCGCUUUGACCACAACCUGCGGGACAGGAAUGGUGACACACCCUUGAUGGUGGCUUGUAAACUAGGUCGUACGGAGGUGGUGUACUUCCUGUUAACAUCGGCUGUGUACAAACAGGAUCACACAGUAGGCUCUGAUAGCAGUUCAGACUACACAUCUGAUGCUGACUCAGGGGUUCUUGACACAGCUACUGUCAUCAGUGGGGCCACAAAGUUAGAAGAUUCUGGAGAAGUGUUUGAGAAAAAAAGUUCAACGUUCCAGAGGAAGAGUUCAGAGUCUGACAGUGGUGAAAUGCGAACCGGGCAAUGGGGUCAGAUGAGUGGAGAAUGUACCCGGCCCACUAGCCGACUAGAAAGCCUUCUGAAUGAUGUGGAGAAGCCAAAAGGCCUGUCUAUCUAUCAUGACGGACUUGUCAGUCAUGUUUGUGCAGUCAACUUGCUUGAUGGUUCUAUGCCGAUUCAUCGGAGCUUGGAAGGGGGAGAUAAUUAUACAAUAGUGGAGAGCUUGCUUCAUGCAGAUGUAACUUGCAUCAAUACUCAGAACACUGCCGGUCUGACACCGCUUCAUCUUGCCUGUAAAUUGGUCAGAAAGAAAUCUCUGGAUAAGCUUCUGACCACAGAUUGUAUUGACAUCAACCUUUUGACCUUAAGUGGUCAGCUUGCUGAAGAGAUAACCAGUAACAAAUCGGUCAUCAAAAUGGUUCAGAAGGCUCGCAAAGGCCAUCCAGUCAGACAAAGGAUGUCAGAUGCUGGCUCUGUUGUGUCGCCACCCUCAUCAGUCUCUGAGGCUGCACGUUACACCUAUCACAAACCACCCAGUACCACAGGUUCUACCGUCAGUCUGGAGAAGGUCCAUGAACGCUUUGAACAACUCAAACAUUCGCACCAACUCAAACAGAGUAAAGAGGAUAGUAAAAAAUAA